GUAAACAACAGAGAGAAAAGUAAAAGCCACCAACAGAGCUGAAGAGUUGACAAGACCUUCUCCAAGGCCAGAAGCUUAUGCUACAGGCCUGCAUUACUCAGCAGUGGCUGGACUUGUGUGCAGGAACUGCAGUCUGGUCAUCGGGCUGCCACUGCGUCAGACUGGAGCAGAUCAGCUACACCGCACGGUAGAAAGGAAGAAGAGGAGAAAAGCACUGGAUAAUCUAAAAGAGGAUGUAAAACGGAUUUUAGACGUGAAGAAGAACAAAAGUAGUGAGUGGCUGAGAUGACAGGAAGAGAAAGAAGAGAACAGUGUGAUGGUGUCACACAAUACAUGUAGAGUUCAGCAGAGUUGCACUUGCUGCCCUCCGCCUCGUUCCUUUGUCAGAGUCAUGCACUUCAUCAAAGCCAGAAGGAUUUCAACAAACGCCGCUGAAUGAAUUUGGAGGAUCUUUCUCAUUGUGUUCAUAGAACUUGAAUUGCGUUACACGAUCCACAGUGUUCAUACCCAGCAGGACAGACCAAUUUCUAACAAAAAACAACUCUGAUAGGCCUAUGGACAAGAAUUCAAAUACAACUACAAAAAAAAUGAGUCAAACUAUUCCUCCAGGUUCUGUAUGUUAAACAGGAUGCGACUGGAAAUUAGAGCAGUUAGUUAAACCCUCGGACAGCAAAACUGCACGAUCAGCAAAAUGCCGUGCUCACCUUUCCGAAUUGGAAGGCCAAGAAAAUGCUGGAAACAAGAUGGGAGUGACCCACAAAUGUCUACAACACUAGAGCCCCAGCUGUUCCAGCCGACCGCCUCGUACCCCACCUCGCCAUUCCACAAGACCCCAGAUUUAUUGGAAAUGCUUGAAAGGAUCCAGGGCAAGAGAAUGGAUGAGCAGAGAUGCACCUUUCCUCCCCCACUUAAGACUGAGGAGGAUUACAUCCCAUACCCAAGUGUCCACGAGGUGUUGGGUAGAAAGAGUCCCUUUCCUCUCAUCCUCCUGCCGCAGUUUGGGGGUUUCUGGAUAGAAGGGACGAACCACGAGAUGAGUUGCAACGUGGAAACGGAAACGCCGCAGCCUCUGUGCCCGAACACCCGCACCAAGCUGGAAUGUAACACCACGGCGACACUCUUCCGGAAACACUUUCUGGGCAAGGAACACUUUAAUUACUAUUCAGUGGACACUGCCCUUGGACAUCUGGUGUUCUCUCUAAAGUACGAUGUGAUUGGUGACCAGGAACAUCUCCGUCUAAUGCUGAGAACCAAGCUGAAAACCUACCAUGACGUGAUCCCCAUUUCAUGUCUGACAGAGUUUCCCAAUGUGGUCCAAAUGGCCAAGCUGGUCUGUGAAGAGGUCAAUGUGGACCGCUUUUGUCCUGUCCUUUAUCCAAAAGCUUCAAGACUUAUUGUGAACUUUGAUGAACAUGUGAUCAGCAACAAUUUCAAGUUUGGGGUCAUUUAUCAAAAGUUUGGACAGACUUCAGAGGAAGAGCUGUUUGGCAACAGUGAAGAGAGUCCUGCCUUUGUAGAAUUCCUGGAGUUUCUGGGGGGGAAAAUUGAGCUGCACAACUUUAAAGGUUUCCGUGGAGGGUUAGACGUGACUCACGGGCAGACUGGCACUGAAUCCGUCUACUGCAACUACCGUAACAAAGAGGUCAUGUUCCAUGUGUCCACAAAGCUGCCUUACACAGAUGGGGACACGCAGCAGUUGCAGAGAAAGAGGCACAUAGGGAACGACAUCGUGGCCAUCUUAUUCCAAGAGGAGAACACUCCCUUUGUACCGGACAUGAUCGCCUCCAACUUUCUCCACGCAUACGUUGUGGUCCAAGUGGUCAACCCCUGCUCCGACAACGUCCUCUACAAGGUGUCAGUGACGGCACGGGAUGAUGUACCUUUCUUUGGCCCGGCCCUCCCAAACCCUGCUGUCUUUAAAAAAAGCCCUGAAUUCCAUGAAUUCCUUUUUAUUAAGCUCAUCAAUGCAGAAUACGCAUGCUACAAAGCAGAGAAAUUUUCCAAAUUAGAGGAACGAACGAGGUUGGCCUUGUUAGAGACCCUUUAUGAGGAGCUCCAUAUGAACAGCCAGGCCAUGAUGGGUGUUGGAGGAGAUGACGACAAACUGGAGAACGGGAGUGCAGGAGGAGGCGGCUUCUUUGAGUCCUUCAAGCGGGUGAUGCGCAGCAGGAGCCAGUCUAUGGAUGCCAUGGGUCUUACUUUCAAGAAGCACACAUUCUCCACUAGCUUCAGCAGCAGCUUUAACCACGAGCCCGCAGAGAGCCCCAAAUUCCCAGGGAUAUCAUUGCUUGUCCCAGGUAAAAGUCCCAGUAAAUAUGGACGUCGAGGCAGUGCCAUAGGGAUAGGAACAGUAGAAGAGUCGUUGAUAAUCCCGGGGAAAAGUCCAACCAGGAAAAAGUCGGGUCCUUUCAGCUCCAGGCGAAGCAGUGCCAUCGGGAUAGAAAACAUUCAAGAAGUCCACGAGAAGAGCUGUGCCCAAUCUUUUUUACUGCAUGUCUCAUGGAGCAGUAGAGAGAGCUCCCCAUUUACCCAAAAGCCCCCUGACAGCGGCCACGUCUCUCAAGACCCCAAAUCCGACAACUCGUCCGACCAGAGCUCUCCGGAGGCGCUCACAACUGCCAAGAACAGUUCUUAUCUCGGUGGCAGGGCCCCAUCCAUCCCAGAGGGUCAUGACCUCUCCCGCUCCUCCUCCAACGCUAGCAGCUUUGCCAGUGUUGUGGAGGAGAAUGAGGCCACAGAGGACUAUGACACGGGCAUGGAGAGUCUGUCGUCUGCCGGGACGCCACACAAGCGAGACUCCCUAACCUACGUCACCUUGCAGGAGGACAGCAUCAGCAGCACCAGUACCACCAGUCGCAGCAGCUCCUCGGGGCCUAGCAGACCUGAACGAGGGAAGGGGACAGAUGUGCGUAUUAAACUGGAACGCCCACAUGAUCAUCAGUCCUCCUCGAACUGUUAGCUCCACCCACAUGGUUGUAUCCUGGAUCUCCAUCUUCAGCAUUCCCAUAAGUCGCAAGUCCCUCUGGGAGGUGAGACAAGUGCAGGCGUUCGCCAUGACCAAUGAUGAGAAGGACGAAGAGGAGAAAGAAGAGGAGCAGCAGGUGGGGCUUGGUCCGUCUGCUGCUCAGUGAAGGCGAAAGUGCCGCGUAGCCAGCAACCUGGAGGACGAUGCACAAAGAGGAGCCGGCUUUUGCACAGUGUUGUCUCCUUCCGCCCUUUUCUUUCCCCGUUCGAACAUCUUUUGCCAAGCUGUAUGGUGGUGUUGUUGUUGUUGUUGUUUUUUUACCACACCUUUUUGUUUCAAAAGCGCACUUCUUUUUUCUUUCUUUUUUUUUAUCUACAAAUGUAACAGUUUACUUUGUAAAAUAUAUCACUUUGAUUUAGUUUGCCUCGUUGAAGCCCAGGUGUGCUGGCUAUACAGGGUGAAGACUGUGCCAUUGGGCUCGCUGUAGAGAUUUUCAAGAAGGACAUCAGACUGUGGAGAAGAUAAUCCAAUUUCCAAUACCGCUCAAUAAAGCUCUCUAAUGUGUACAACAUACCAAAUAUUCUGCUUUAAAAAAAUGGGUAUUUUCUAACAAAACAUCUAAUGUGAUAUAUAACUGUUCUGCUGGAUGCUGUUAAAUGUGAUUAUAUUGAUUUCUGGGUCCAAAUAGAAGGACUGUAUAGCUGCAGCAAAACAAUUGUGCUCUUUCCAAUACAAAAAAAGUUCAGAUUUCAAACUUCCAGUGAAGCAUUGUAUGAAAUGGCCUUAAAACUUAAACAUGCAAUUUCUUUGUCCCUCAGAUUAAUUUUUACCUCGUUUUUCUUUUUUUACUCGCUUGUACUGCACAAUGGAAUUGCAGUAUUAGAUUAAUUAUAAAACUAAUAUAUAUUCAGAUACAUUUUUAAGCACACUGGUUUCUUAUAAAAUGGUGUUGCAUUGCAGUUAUACUUCAGCACAGUCUGUUUUGUUUGUGUCUGGAUGUAUCCAUCGAUGAGUGAUCUAUAACUGCUGUGGCCGUCUUGUCUGUCGGUGAAGAGUCUCUACAUUAUGUUCAGAGUUUAUUCUGACUGAUAUGUUCUUAUUUAUUGAUUUGGUUCAUGUCAAAGUGACGUUUAUAGUGUAUAUUUGUACUGUACCUCUCUGGUGACAUUCAGCAUCCCGCCAUUUGCUUAUUCUGUAUGUGUCGCUUGGGAGUAAAUUAUAACGGUGUCAUUUUUUUCAGUGCAGUAAAUUUGCGACGCAAUUACAAUAAAACGGUGCAUAUUUAUUUUGCUUUUAAAUUGAGAAAAUGACUCUAAAUCCAACUACUGAUUUUGUAAAUAAAUAUUCCGUUGCAGUAAAUAGUGUGUAAUGUAUUGGCCGUUCAUUUAAAAUGGGGUUGACCAACAUCUUGAAAUUACUGCCAAAUUAUCAAUAUUGUUGUUUUGUUUCUCCCUUACUUUGCAUAUUCUUUUGAGAAAAGAGUUUUGUAGAAGAGAACUAUUUUAAAAGCUAUUCAGAUUAUUCUGUCAAGGGGAAAUCUCACAGUAUGUCCUGCUGAUCAUGUCGGUUGCCUUAUCAUCACAAACUGAUGGUGUAAGUAUAGAUAGUGAAGCAAAUAGUCAGCAGGAUUUACAAUGAAAUGAAUGUUUUGUCGUUGUUGUUUUUAUUGUAAAUAAAUGC